AUGAUUGUGUGCAUUAUUUCGCAAAAAUUCAGCAUUUUAGCAAUAUUCAUUAUCAGUUUAUUGUUAUCCUGUAUAACACCGACCGACCCAGUUCGUGAAAAUCUUGCUGCCAGUCGGCUCGAUGAAGAUAAUCAGACCGCCACCACUAAACAUUCUUCGCAAUUAAUAGAUGAUGUCUCCUCAGAUUCGAAUCCUGAAACACUGCAGGCUGAAAGUGUAACAGUAAUUGAAACGGAUCCCCUUGCAUUAUCGACAGAAAACCCACCUACUGAAACGUUAUCUUCGACAGCAACUUCGUUCAUUGUCAAUAACCAAACAACUGAUGAUCAACAACAACAACAACAACAACCAUCAAGCACUUCUUCGACGAAAAAGAAUCUUUCCAGUAUUAAUUCAUUUGAAGAAUGGAAACAACAACAGCUCCAUGCUGACUUACAAAAAACGGGUCGAACUUCUAGUCAGAACAGUGUGGCAUCAGAAAUACCAACAACAAGUUCGCCGAAAGGAACUUCUUCGUCCAGUAAUGUCCAACAGAUCGCAUCCACGACUGGUCUGUCCAAAAAAGGAAAAUUACGUAAGAAUUUCGCUAGUGGUUCUUGUGGCGCAAAAAUUCUUGCACACAAUGUCGAAGCACAAAAUACACCAUCGAUUCUAUCCUCCUCUCCUGAUGAAUAUAUGCUGAAUCCAUGCAAUGCAAAAAUUUGGUUCGUCAUUGAACUAUGUGAAUCAAUUCGUAUUCUUAAUAUUGAAAUCGCCAAUUUUGAAUUAUUUUCCAGUGUACCGAAAACAUUUCGAGUUUCAGCAUCGGAUAGAUAUCCGACGAAAGAUUGGCACCGUCAUCAUUUGGGCACGUUCAAUGCAUCGCACAAUAGAACGAUACAAAGUUUCCAAGCGGCAGCAUCGACAACUUAUUUGAAAUAUGUGAAAUUUGAACUCUUAGAUUUUCACGGUCAUGAACAUUACUGUCCGUUGAGCGUUGUACGUGUUCAUGGCUCGAAUGUUGAGGAUGAAAUCAUGACCAUGGAAGAAAAUACGAAUCUAGUUGAAUCGAAAAGAUCUAUUAAUAUUCGAGAUGGAAUUGAAAAUGGUGAUGACGAUGACGAUGGCGACGAUGAUAAUGUCGAUGUGUCCAAUGAUCAACAAGUCGGUGGAAUUAUCGGCUCAGCAAUACUUGACUUAGCAAAACGAGUUUUUCGUCGAUCAGUCACAAGAGAUACUCUGUCAACGACAUCUCUUCCUACAACAUUGGACAAUACGAUCAAACCUGAUUGUCGUCGAACAGAUUUGAAUGAUUCAUUAGUAAACGAUAGCAUUCGAUCGUGGCGACAGAGUGAUAUAUUCAAACAAUGUAUUGCUGAAUUUCUAAUGGGUUUAUGGUCAGAGUUUGAUACAUGUGCACUUUAUUUAUCUCAAAUCUGCUUCAAAUUAAACCAUUGUUGUCAGUGUUCGUUAAUGCGAACAGAUAUCUCCAAUGAUUUGAUGAGGACGAAGAACAAGGGACAAAUGUCAACAUUAAACUUAUAUAUCAACCCAUGUGGUUACUAUCACGUGUUAACCAACCAAUUCGCGUGUAAAAGGGAGAAAUCUAUUGGAGCUAAUAAAAACAUAUCAACUAAUGUGAACACCAGUAUCACCCAAGAUUCGUUGGAGAAAGACUUGAUUUUUGACAAAAACGACACUAUGCAGAUUGUUAAUGAAACUGAAAGUUCAAUUAAUAAUCAGUCUACACCAAAUCAUACGAGCACAACAUUUGAUGAAAGUCAAAAUCAAUCAGUAACAAAUCGUUCCAUUGAUCAGAUUUUUUCUGCAAAUAUUCCAGACGAACUGCCGCCUGCACUCGACUCGCAAACUCCAACAAAUAUAUCAGAUGAAAACUCCUCUCAAUUGUCAUCGAACGAGGCACCUCCGAUCGAUCCCGACAUAUUCGGACCAUCAAUCGAUACUAAUGUUAUCGAUGAUGCAAGUUCACCAACUGCUUCGAACUAUAACGAGCCGAUACCGCCACUCAUCUCGAGCCCGUGGUUGAAAGGCAUGCUGGUCAAUACGAAAUCUUUGCCUGAGUUGUUCAAGAUAAUUGAAAGAUUAAAUUUCAAUCUAACGUUGAGUAACCGGUAUUUACAAGAACUCAGUCAGCACUACGUGAAAAAACUCGACGAAACCCAGCAAACCACGGAUCUUCUUCUCAAAGCAUCCAAAAGUGCAGAUGAAAAAUUCGAAUAUCUCGAAGAACAGUUAUAUAAACUACAAGAAAAUUACAAUGAUGUCUCUUCUCGUUUGAUUAUAUUGGAGGCUUGGAUUCCUCUGAUAGUUACGGCUAUAGUUGCUCUACUCUUUUGGUGUAUCUUAACAUCUUGGCGUUUAAGCCGUGUACGUCGAAAACUAAAACUACUCACUGAAGAAUUUGUAAAACUUCAAACAGUUGGGAAAACUGAAGACGACGACGACGCCGACGAGGAGGGAGAGGAAGAAGAUGAUCCUCCAGUUGUCUGUAAUGGUACGGCUAAACGAAAACUAUCGAGCGAUUCAAGCGAGUCACUCCCUGGUCGUUCUCAACGUGUGCCGGAUGUGUGUUUGAGUCAAAUUAAAGAAAAUGGUAUUGAAAAGGAAGAACACGGAAGCAAGAGUAAAUCAUCCGAUCCGACACGACAUUUACUACCACUGAGUACAAUUUAA